UUGGCGCCAGCAUUUUCGCGGGGAGUGAGGAGUGAGGAGUGGACAGACGCAGCGUAGCCUUGAUCAUUUACAAACAUUGUCGUAUAAACUCCCCCGAUUCCUCUGAUAUAGCUCGUGUGUCGAUGAUCUCGCCUUCAGUGGUCGAUAGCGUGUCCUCAGGCGCGAGGUUGUGAGGAUGAUGGCAGCAGUGCCUCUAUCUAGUGCCAGCCUCCUUCCUCUUCUGGAGUGUCUGGAAGAUGAAGCAGCCGGGCUGUCAGAGAAGACAGAUGCCUACAUCACCAUCGCGAACCGCCUGAAUGGAGAGGAAGGGCGUCAGUUUCUGCCUGUAGUUGUAAAGCAUUUUGCACGUCUUAGUAAAGUCCUUUUGGUUCAUAUCUCCAGUGAGAACGAGGAGCUGUGUCAGGCCGCAUUGCAAGCUUUGGGAUUCUGUGUCUUCCACUCACACAUUGUUUCAGUCAUACCAGCAAAUAUUUCAGAAGAUAUACUGUCUACGCUCUGUAAUGUUGUGGUAAAAUCAAAAGAGAAGUUUACGUGCACUCGAGCGUUAUGGGUGAUUUCAAAACAGAAUUUCCCGCAAGAGGUGGCAUCCAAAAAGACCCCAGAGAUUCUGAAGAGUCUAGAGGCCAUGCAGACCAGAGAGGUUCAGUCGAUCCUCAUUGAACAUGAAUCACUCAAUGUCAUAAUAAGGUUGCUGGAGCAGGCCCCCUCUCAGAUGGCUGCUGGAGCCGUGUGCUGGGCCAAGCUGGUUAUUCCUCUGGUGGUACACUCGGCCAAUAAAGUGCGCUUGCGUGCAGCAGCAGCCCUGGAGCUGGGCAUGCCUCUUCUUCUGGAGAAACAGCAGGAGGUGGCAAUCAUUGUAGAGCCAAUGAUGUCUUCUAUGCUUAUCCCUGAAAUGCAGAAACUGUUUGCAUCUAAAAAUGAGACGAAUAUGCUGAAGCUCUGGCCCUUGUUUGUGAAACUUCUGGGGAAGUUGCUCCACAAAGGCGGUGCUUUCAUUAAUUCCUUGCUGUAUUUAGAGGAGUUGGGUUUCCGCAACUCUUCUCCUAAUAUUAAGAAGAUUGCCUUCAUAGCUUGGAAGAGCCUCAUUGAUAAUUUCGCCCUUAAUCCAGAUAUCCUGUGCAGCAGCAAGCGUUUGAAGCUCCUCAUGCAGCCCCUUAGUUCCAUCCAAGUCAGGACUGAAGCUCUUCUGCUUACCAAGCUGGAGGUGUGGUGGUACCUUGUAGUCAAGCUCGGACCCAACCUGUCCCUUAACUUUGAGCAGGUUGGUGUACCGCUACUGCACAGCACACUUCCUUCUGAUUCUCCACUGCCGAGCCCGACUACACCUGCUCGAACCUCUAACCCAAGCAAUGGCACCUCUAACACCCCUAAAUCAGGCAUUCCUUCCUGCAGCACACCAAGCACUACUCCUCGCAUGAAUCUGAACAGCAGUGUGCAGGCGGCUCAGUCCUACUGCUCCAUUCAGCUCCUUGGUCUAGAGAUGCUCCUGCACUGGCUUGUGGGUCCAGAGGUUACAGUCACAGCAGCUAGAGAAAAUCUUCAGCUCAGUCUGGAGCCCCUGACACACCCGCUCUUUACCAGCCCUUCCUCCUUCAGUAGACAUGCUUCCACCCUCAUAUCAGCCGUCAAAGAAGGCUUCAUUACUGUGGGAAAACAUGCUCCAGAAGCGCUUCUUAGUCUCAUUUGGAGCAACCUGAUCUGUUCUGUCAGCACAACAAUAGAAGCUGGUAAUAAGAAGGAAAGACAGGGGUCAGAGGUUCUCACGCUGCUUCUACAGGCUUUGCAAUCCAUCCUGUCCUCAGACGAUCUGCCUGCUGAGCGUGCCCUGCUUUUGUUGGAAACCACUGUUAAGGGAAUACCUCAGAAGGUGCUCGGUUCUGCAGCUUAUCAAGUGGCAAACAUGGAUUUGUUAAAUGGUACGCCUGCACUUUUCCUAAUACUGCUAGUCUACAAAAGUAACCAGCUCUCAUCCUUUCUUGAAGAUGAGAAGUUUUUUUCAAGCCUGGAAACUCUUGUGAGCUGUGGGUUUUGUGGACCUACAUCGCCCCUGGCAUUUGGAGAGGCUGUUUUAGGAGCGAUUAGUGGGAGUGUGGAGGCUGUUAAGAACAAGAAGCAGCUCUGGAGGAUGUGGAACGCGGUGGUAAACCCUCUGACGGACACCAUCACUCAGACCAAUGAAGUGAAUCAAGGAGAUGCUCUGGAGCAUAACUUCAGUGCCAUUUACAGUGCCUUGAUGUUCCCAGUUAUUCACCUGCUGCCUGGUUCGUCCCUACCCCAAACCACUCAGAAGGCCAUGAUUGGUACGUGGUCCAGGCUUUACAAGGCGUUUGCUCGCUGCUCAGCUUUGGUAGCCACAGCAGAGGAGAACAUAUGCUGUGAAGAGCUGUGUGCCAAGAUCUCUGCCUCUCUUGACACCGAUGCUCUGAAAAAUCUGCCGAUGUUAGAUGCAAUGGCAAAUAUCUUGCUGAUCAUCAUUGAGAGUAUGGACUUCUCUCCUUACACCCCACAGUUCCAGCAGAAGAUGAAAUCUCCUCAUACACCUUUGAGUUGGGUACGCAAGAGGAGCAAAGCUCUGGGGAAUCUCUCGACCUUCCACACUCUCCUGAUGCAGACUCUAGAUGCUUUCCUGUCUGUGGACCUCUCAGAAGCAUCUGUAGAGUCCACCAGUGGAGUUUUCAGUGGAAUUGGCUUGACGCUGGUCUCUAACUUGUCAACACUUUUCACUAAUAUUACUCUACCCACGUUCAUACAAGAGGUGUUGUCCACCCUCACCAAAUCACUCGCGUGCCUUUUUGAACAUUUCUCCAGUCAUGAUGAACAAUCAAAGCUCAGUGCGACACUAGGACCCAAGUUGGAGAAACUGGCCACGGACCUGCUUGGCUGCCUUCAGACACAAUCAACUCUGCAUGACGAUGAGAUGCUUGCCAUGUUGUCGCCCUUGCUUUGUGUGCUUUUCCCGCACAAGAGCAAGCAGAUUUGUACUGUUGUCACGCAGUUCUGGAAUGCCACCUUUGGAAAUGCACUUACCUUGACUUACCCUGAGCCUCUCAAGUCUGUUUUAAGUCAGGCUAAGCAAAAGACUCCACUGAUUUUACCUGGUUUUGAAGCCAUUGAUGCACCAGAUGAUUGCAGCGGACAGUAUACGGGUGAGAGUUCUCAGCUGGACCCACAGAUCAGCGGGGUAAAGAUGACCUCUGUGGGAAAGAGGGACUCUCUUCUGGCAAGGGCAGAAGAGCUUAAAGGAAGAGGCUCUGCAACUGCAGCAAAGCCGGUGUCUGUAAAGCUGGAUUUUGGAUCACCCAAGCCCUUGAAGCGAGAAGCUAUUGAGGAGGCGGCAUCAGUGGAUUUUGUUUUUAUUCCCCCUGAGACAAAGGAGAGAGUGCUGACUGAGCACCAGAAAGAGGUCAAAAGGACUAAACGGGUUGACAUUCCUGCACUGUAUAAUAAUCUGGAUGCCUCCCUGGAUGCCACAGGCUUUUCACAGUGUACUCAGAGUCAGGAAGAGUCCAUGGACAAAUUGACAAAAGAUGAUGAAAAGGAUCAACCAGAGGAAGAGGCUGAUAUUCAGCUAAAGGAGGUUGCCACAACUGAUGAACCAACCACAGAUGUUAAACUAACCCAAGAAGGCACCGGGUCGGUUGUAGAAACACCAGAGAAAGCUACACAAAAUAAAGAUCAAAAUUCAGAGAAGAAUCAAUCACCAUCCAGUGACAUCUCAGUUGAUGUGAGUGGGCAUGAGAAAAGUGGACUUGAGGGUACCAGCCCUAAUGUUUCAGGUUCAUCUGAUAUGAUAUCAGGUACACCACCUAAACCCAAUAGCAGGCGUCAGUCGUUCAUAACCUUAGAGAAAUAUGUUGAAGGGAAAUCACCAAGUCCUGCAAGUGUUACAUUUACUGGUCCGCACAUUCGCAAAUCGAGUAGACUGAGUUCUUCAAAGGCAUUGGAGGCUACUGCAAAUGACUCACAACUUCAGACUACAAAAGAGGACUUUGGAAAGAGGAGCAGCACUGACCCAUCUGCUCAAAUUGAAGUAAAAGAUGUGUCAACAGGAUGUCAUCGUGGUGAAGGAACAGAUGAAGAGGAUGAUGUGGUCCCAGAUACCCAGACCCAAUUAUCUGGUGAUAAGAAAAGUCCUGUGUCCAAAGCCAGUGUAGAGGAACAAGAUUCUCCUGAAAAAGAUUCACAGAGUCUUGCUGAUUCUCAAGCUAGUCAAGAACCAAGAAGGUCAGGCAGACGGCGAAGUAAACCUGUACGCCCAGGGGAAGAUCCAGGGGAGAUGAAAAGCAAAUGUCAAGAACAAGUUGCAGAUUCUGCGGUGACAAAUACACAGAAGCCCAUACCAUCUCCAACAAUUAGCACUUUGACUGGAAGAAGGAGAAGUAAGGUUAUUGACGACAGUAAAGUUGGAGACCAGUUGAACAAAGGAAUAAAAGGAGAGCUUAGCCAAAGUAAUUCACAGAUUUCUUCUGCAGAAUCUUCACAGGCACUUCCACAGGUUCCGAUAGUUAUGCUCGGUAAUAAAGAGCCAAGCCAGACUGUGUCCUCUUCUGAAAGUUCUCCUGUAACUCAAUCGGAUGGCCAAAGCAAAGAGAGAUUGCCAACUCUCAAUGAGUCUGAGGGUCUGUCACCGGGUAGACCAACGAGGAAGACUAGAUCGCACCUUGAGGAAUCAACAGACAAGGAGGCUAAUGAAAACUCUCAAAACGAUCCUCAUAAUGCUGCAUCCACUUUGAAAAAGAAACAUUCACAGACACCUCUUUCCGAUUCUGAGGCUGAUAGCCAGCAAAGUGCCCGAACACGAAGAACAAGGAGAUCUGAAUCUCAGUUACUGGAGCUGGCUGGUUCGCAGACCAAAGACGACUUAAGUCAGACAGACUCUCAAACACUGACAAUGGUGAAGGGUAGAGCUAUGCGAAGGAGAACUGCAGAAGAAGAGACAGACUCUAGUAAUAGAGAUGCCACAUCAACUGUAAAUACUGAGGAGUUAAGUGCAAGCAAAGAUUCUUCAGAAGGUCUUGGUAGAUACAGAACUCGACGCUCUAAAGGUUUGUUGACUCCUACCGACAACACAGAGUCUGAGAACUCUGAUAGCCGACAAGAUGGACCAAGGCCUAAAAAGAGACCGCGGAAACCAUUAUCCACAGAGGUGCUGCCAGUUGCCACAGAACACAUAGUUACCGAAAUGGUGCAAGAUAAGGAGGGUGUUGAUGUUUCAAUGGAGAUGUCACAGGAUGAGGCAGAUAUUGAAACUAGUUUGAAUAUUUUAGUCAUUGAGACUGAAGAACUUGAGCAAAAGUACAAAGAAGAGAUCCCUGCCCCUGAUGGUGUACCACAUGAACAGAUCACCACUGAAAAUGAAGCAGGAGAUGUCAAAAUUAAGAUAGAACUGAAGACUGAUACAGAUGAGAAGAUGAGUGAGAAAGCAGAAGGUGAAGAAUUGAAUUCAUCUUCACAGAUUGGAUCGGAAGAUUUAAACGAGAAGACUAACAUUCCGCGUAAAUGCCCACAUACCAGGGGACGGGGCCGUGGGCGUAGACGAUCUAGAAACUGCAACUGCUUUUCAAACAACCGUGACGUGUUCUCACAGGGCAGUGACUUCCAAGAAUCGCAGGAUAUGAAAAGUAAGCAGAUUCCACUUGUCACUGAUGCCCUGAACUCUCAACCUGAGCAGUCAAGCUCAACAUUUGUAUUAGAGAAAAGCGAGAGCUCAGGAAUUGCAGAUGUCUUGGAUGCUGAUGUUCAGCCAUUUUCAGCAUUGUCUGCUCAGCUCCCAUCUGAGGAUUUUCCUUCUGAAAGUCCCAUUGCAAAGCUUGGUGUAAUUGUUUCUCAGCUGUCUGAAGCAGAGGAAGGAGCACAGCUUGAAUCAUCCAAACCAACGGAUGAAUCAAACAAGGAGCAUGUAGAGCUCCCGGAGGCAGAGACAAAGCAGUUGGAGAGUUCUGGCUGCACGGGUAGUCAAAAGCACAAAGAAGAUAGAUUGGAAAACACUUCAGUAAGUCAAGAACCUCUCCAGAGUUCAACACCUCAAGACACAUCUCCUAGUCAAGGUCGCCCAGUGGAAGAUGCACCUAUAUGCCAAGAGCAGCUAGAGUCUUCCCAUGCCCAGCAGGAGGAUGCAGUUAACCCAGCAGUGAAGGAAAGUGAAGACCUUGCUGUUUCUGAGCCCAGUGGAGAAAACGUUAUGUUGCCAGAAGAGUCAAAUGGCAAAGAAUUGCUUGACAAGGAUGUUUCUGUUGUUGAGAAGGAUGAAGACGCUCAGAUAGACAACCAGGAUCCUCCUGUGGAUGCACAAGAGGAGACGUCUGUACCCCCUGAAAGUAGUACCUCUGGAGCCUGCUUAGAUUCACCACCCAAGCCUAAACCUUUGGACGCUCUUAGUGGUGAGCUUGAACCUGGCCAGAGUCCGAACAGAAACCGAUCUCAUGUCUGGUCUCCAUCCGCCUCUCCGUCCACCAGUAUUCUGAAGAAGGGACAGAAGAGAACAUGUGAAGAGGAUACACCCUCCCCUCUUCAUAAGUCUCGUCGAGUGUCUUUUGCAACUCCAAUUUAUCAUCAAGAACUGGCUGAUGAUAUUGAUCGCCGUAGUCCAGUUAUUCGCACAAGCUCGCCUAGGUCAAAAGUCUUGAGUGGACAGUCGAAGUAUAUCACUACACCCACAAAAGGAUAUACAAGUCUAAGUCCACGUAACCUCCGUAGCCCUGGAUCCAAAAGCUCUAAAAAAUGCCUGAUUUCAGAGAUGAGCCAGGAGCCACGUCCUAUUGCUAAAGAUUGUGUUUAUCCAGCACUUGUUGGCUGCUCUGCCCCUGUAGAGGCUGUUUUACCACAGAUAUCCUCUAACAUGUGGCCUCGUGGCUUUGGUCAGCUUGUUAGAGCAAGAAACAUCAAAACGGUUGGAGACCUUUGUGCCCUUACCCCAAGUGAAAUCAAGUCUCUUCCAAUUCGCUCACCGAAACUGUCCAAUGUGAGGAAAGCACUUAAAACCUAUCAUGAACAGCAGAGAAAAGGGCGUUCUGAUGACCUUAAGAGUUUUGAUGAAAUGGAGAAAAUGACAUCUGAGCCUGAAGAGAUGGAGCUUCCUCAAAACCAAGAGGAGGAGCAAACACCAGGAGAGGCUCAAGAUGACAGACCAUCAGAAGUGGAAGCAGAUUCAGAACCGAUGGCCGAGGAGAACAAAUCUCGUGAUUUGCUCUCAGAUGUUGAAGCCCUUAGUGGACGCCUAACUUCAGAGGAGCUUGGUCGCUGCUCACCCAACCAGCUGGGCCUAAUGCACGAACAUCUGAGUGGAAUGAUGAGAAGCAUUGUGACCCACAUGCAAUCCCGCUUGCUGAGUAAUCUUGAUGAUAGCUUGCCAUGAGGACAUGGAGACGUUUUCCUGACAUAAGAAUUCACUUUUAACUUGAAGAUUAACAAUGGACUGCUCAUUUCUCAAGUUUUAGCUUGAAUUUUAGAAUAGAUGAAUUUCUAAUUAUGCUCUUUCGGAGAAUAGACUUCAAUGGCCGAAAGCCAUUUUCAUUGCUACUUCAGUGUCAAUGUAUUUUAUGGAGUGAUUUUUAAGACUGUAAAAUUGUGCUGAGAUGCCAAGGAGACUUUUUUUUUUUAAAUAAAGUUAUAGUAUU